UAUUACGAAACUUUGUCUCAAAAUUAAACUUUCUCCUAUCGUAUAUUAAUUUUCUAUUUAUCCAACACAAGCUCACCCUCACUAGCCACUUACCGGCAUCUCUUGCUAACUAGGUAGCUGAAACCGUACCUCUUAGCAGGCAUUGGUUUUCCCUCCGCGGAUCAGUAAGUAGCCGCGUUCUGAUCAGUAAGUAUCCGCGUUCUGAUAAGUGAAUUAGUAAAUUUUCUUUCCGAAAAAUAUAUAUAGAAAGGUAUAGUUAUAGGUCUAUAGAGGGAGAAUGGGUAGAUCCCCUUGCUGUGAGAAGGUUGGGUUGAAGAAGGGGCCUUGGACGCCGGAGGAGGAUCAGAAGCUACUUGCCUACAUUGAGGAGCACGGCCAUGGCAGUUGGCGGGCUUUACCUUCCAAAGCUGCUAGGACUCCAGAGGUGCGGUAAAAGCUGCAGGUUAAGGUGGACAAACUACCUGAGGCCUGAUAUCAAGAGAGGCAAAUUUACCCUUCAAGAGGAACAGACCAUCAUCCAACUCCAUGCUCUCCUUGGAAACAGGUGGUCAGCGAUAGCUACGCAUCUUCCGAAAAGAACAGACAAUGAGAUAAAGAAUUAUUGGAACACCCAUUUGAAGAAGAGGCUGGCGAAGAUGGGGAUAGACCCAGUGACCCACAAGCCAAGGAGCGAGACUUCCGGCCUCCUCACCUCUAACAGUGAUGGAGACUACUCUAAAAAGAGCAGUGCUAAUCUCAGCCACAUUGCUCAGUGGGAGAGUGCAAGGCUUGAAGCAGAAGCUCGUCUUGUAAGAGAGUCCAAGCUCAGGGCUCCAUCCGCACUGCCCGUCAUCUAUUCACCUCCUCAUCCUCAGCAUCAGCGCAACAAAUCAGCAGCGAUGGCCACAUGCCUUCAUGAUUCUCAAGUUACAGAUAUGGUCACACAGCAAGGAGAACCCUGCCGGUCAAAAUCAGCUGGUGGCUGCAGCCUCCGAUUAGGAGGGGGAGGAGGACACGUUGACCUGCAAUCUCCUACAUCCACCUUGAGCUUCUCAGAUACCAGUAUGGUGUUGCCAAUAAUUAGCAUGGGUUUUGCACAUCAAAAUUCAACCACAUUGUUGUGUCAUGAUCAAGCUCACUUAGGAAACAGUGAGGGACUGGAAGUAGAGCAACAUUUCGAAAUUAAAUGCUUUGACAAGCCAUUGAUUCGCUUGGUGUCUGACAAUAAGGAUCACAGGCAUAGGACGAUGGGUGGUGCUGGCACUGGCGGCUUAUUGCCGCCUCAAGUUGCAGCAGGCUUGCCGUAUAGGGACACAUCAAAUAUAGCCUUUGGUGCUGAACUGUCAUCCUGGCUAAUUCCGGGAUCAACAAUUAACUGCAGCACUAUGAGGUUCUCUACCGGAGGAGAUUUUGGGCCGCCGCCUCCUCUUCUUGCUGCUUCUGGUGGUGGUCUAUACACUGAAAUGCUGCUCAAUAGUUCUCACAACGCAGCAGGUGCUGACAAUGAGGAGGAUUCGGACCUUGUAGACGUAGAUCAUGGUGAAAGCUGUGUGGAGGAGGAAGACGAUGAUGACGAGGAUGAAGAUGAAGGCAACAACUAUUGGAACAACAUACUAGACUUGGUCAAGUUGUCGCCCCCCUCAAACUCACCACCAUCACCUGUCUUCUAGAAUUGCCUAUAUAUAUUUUAAAGAUCGUUGAGACUACUGAUUAUUCCCCAAUUCCGCGUCACCCCGUUCUAUAAUAAAUAAAGUAUUUGUCAGGUAUUCACUCCGAUGAUGUGGGCUAAAUGCAAAUGUGAGGAACAUAUGAAUAUAAAUGAAAAGUUAAUGAAUGACUUUUUUUUGUCAA